GAUCUAUUACAAAUAUAUCCUAUUGAAUUCAAAACCACAUUAAGAUUAGGUCUGACCGUAGUGAUGGACCUCAGUGACAAACACCCUUGGGCGUCCUUCAAGGAGAGGUGGUGUGGAGUGCAGGUCAUCAACUAGUGGUCCAACCGUAGUGGUGGACCCCAGCGACACCCAUGCACUACCAGACCAACCCCUAGAAGGGCUGCCCCAGUGCAUGCUACACACUACCUGGCCAAAUGGCUAGCUAGUCACCCAGCAAGGCUGAUACGUGUACGGCACAUAGGUGAAGUAGCGCCCAGAGUCAGAAUCUAGUGCUGGCCAUCGACUCGAUCUCCACUCGUAAAAGUGGAUCCGAGUGACGUCCGCACACUAGCAGACCGGCUCUGGAGACCCACCCCAGCACGUGCCGCACACCCUCAGACUACGCCCAUACCUCAAUGUAUGGACGCCUCAUUGGGCGCUUACAAAGAUACCUACAGAUCAAAUUGGAUCGUGUGUACUCUACCCUGGCAGCCCGACGUCCUGUCCCGAACUAAAUAUGUACCUUAUAACAGUACGCCAUACUUCCAAGUUCAUCAAACGGCGAAUGAAAGCAUGAGAUAAUUGCAGAGUUCCCAGAAGGUUACUAUAUCUCACAAGUGCAGGUCGAUAUAAGUCAGCUAACCAUAAUAAAUUCUCGUACCAAUAGGAUUAAGGAACCACAACAAACAAGAACCAACAACAAAGGUCACAAAAGUGAGAGGGAUCCACAAAAUAAUAAGACCAAUAACCAACGACUAACAACAACCAACAACAAAGGUCAACAUAAGUGAGAGGGAUCCACAACGAACAAUAAUGAUAACCAAUGACCAACAGUAACCAACAACAGAGUUCAACAUGAGUGAGAGGGAUCCACGAAGAAUGAUAAGACCAAUAACCAACGACUAACAACAACCAACAACAAAGGUCAACAUAAGUGAGAGCGAUCCACGAAGAACAAUAAUGAUAACCAACGACUAACAAUAACCAACAACAAAGGUCAACAUAAGUGAGAGGGAUCCACGAAGAACAAUGAUGAUAACCAACGACCAACAACAACCAACAACAAAGGUCAACAUAAGUGGGAGGGAUCCACGAAGAGCAAUGAUGAUAACCAACGACCAACAAUAACCAACAACAAAGGUCAACAUGAGUGAGAGGGAACCACGAAGAACAAUAAUGAUAACCAACGACCAACAGUAACCAACAACAAAGGUUAACAUGAGUGAGAGGGAUCCACGAAGAACAAUAAUGACAACCAACGACUAACAACAACCAACAACAGAGUUCAACAUAAGUGAGAGGGAUCCACGAAGAACAAUAAUGAUAACCAAUGUUCAACAUAAGUGAGAGGGAUCCACGAAGAACAAUAAUGAUAACCAAUGACUAACAACAACCAACAACGGAGUUCAACACAAGUGAGAGGGAUCCACGAAGAAUGAUAAGACCGAUAACCAACGACUAACAACAACCAACAACAAAGGUCAACAUGAGUGAGAGGGAUCAACAGAAUACUAAGACCAAUAACCAACGACCAACAACAACCAACAACAAAGGUCAACAUGAGUGAGAGGGAUCAACAGAAUACUAAGACCAAUAACUAACGACGAACAACGACCAACAACAAAGGUCAACAUGAGUGAGAAGGAUCCACGAAGAACAAUAAUGAUAACCAACGACCAACAAUAACCAACAGCAAAGGUCAACAUGAGUGAGAAGGAUGCACAAGUAACAGUAAUUCACAACGACCAGCAACAUAGUUCAACCUUGGUGUAAGUCAAUGAUCAACACUAGCAUAAAUUAACUACUGCAGCCAACCAAGAACAGAAGUCAAAAUCAUCAUCAAUUAAAAUCAACCACCUUUCUGAUCAGUGGUGUAGAUGCAAAUUAAGUUACCGGUUGCUGAACAGCACAUCCGUGGGAUGUAUUCAGAAAAUUUUCCGACGCUUAAACAAGUCAAGAAUCGGAGAAAACAAGCAGUUAAAUAUCAAUGCAUCAGCUACCACCAACAACGAGAGAUGUCAAUCUACUUCAACAAUUCACAAUGACAACUACUAUUGACCAAUAACGGAAGUCAAAACACGUCACUGUUAACCAAAGACCUUUCAGUGCCCAAUAUUGUUGUUAGUAUAGUAAAGCUGUAUCAAGAAUGAAAAAAGAGGCGGGGAGUGGGUUACUCACAGUAUUGGAUUUUGAAUUGAAGAAAAUAAAUUUG